AAAAAUGAAUGCACCCAAAGCCAUUCCUUUCAUAAAAUACAUCAACAAUCAAUUUCAGGUGGAUCCUCAAGCUGAAUAGUUUCUGGCUUCCCUGGGUUCAGAAAAACUGGGAGUUGUCUCUAUUGUAGGCAAAUAUAGAACCGGCAAAAGUUUCUUUGUCAAUAGAGUUCUCCUGAAUCAACAAGCAGGAGGUUUUUCAGUAGGUCCCACGAUAAAUCCUUGCACCAAGGGAUUGUGGAUUUGGAGUCAAACAAUCACAGCUUAGAAUGCUGAAUUCCCUGAUAUGAAGGCUAUUAUCAUUGACACUGAAGGUUUCGGAGGCAUGGACGAGAAUGUUAAUCAUGAUACAAGGAUCUUUCUCUUCAGUCUUCUACUUAGUAGUUACUUUAUAUACAAUUCAGUUGGCAACAUCGAUGAGAAUGCCUUAAACACUUUGAAUUUGAUUGUCAAUCUUGCUAAGGUAAUAUGAAAUCAGUAACAAUUAGGACAUUUAAUAAAACACUGAGAAUACGUUUCCGUAAUUCUUAUGGAUUGUCAGGGAUUUUUCUCUUUAAAUGGUGGAUCCAUAGGGAAACUCCAUCAAUCCAAAGCAAUACCUCGAAAAUGCCUUAGAAUUGCAGAAGGGAUUGUCUGAUUCUGUGGAAUAGAAGAACCGUAUCAGAAGAAUGAUCAAACACUUCUUUAGAGAAAGAGAUUGCAUGACAAUGGUGAGGCCAGUUGAGAAGGAACUAGAUCUCUAGCAUUUGGAUUCUCUACAUGACAGUAAUUUCAGAGAGGAAUUCGUUUAGCAAUUGAAAGAGGCGAGAUCUAAGAUUUUCAAAAGAGUUAGACCUAAGUCUGUUUAAGGAAGCAUGGUGAAUGGCAUAUAAUUACUGCAAUUGGCUAAGGCUUAUGUGGAUUUAAUAAAUGGAGGUAAGGUGCCAAAUGUUGAAUCUGCAUGGGGUUAUGUGUGCAAGGCAGAAGGAGAGAGGGCGCUUAGAGAAUGCAUUAACAUGGCUGAACAACAAAUUGAGAAGCUGAAGACUUAGGUGAUUUAGGAUUUACCUGCCGUAAAAUAGCAAUUGCUGGAUUAGGUUAGGAAAUAAUUCAAAUUGAAAGCCAUAGGAUCUGAGGAUGAUCUCAAAUAAUUCACAGAAAAGUUGUCAGAACAAUUUGAUGAGAAAUUCAAAGAACUCAAAUAAAGUAAUAAAAGAAAUCUCAAGGUAUCAUUGAAACCUUAUCUUAGAAUCAUCAAUCCAAAGUCUUAUAACCUCAUAUUGAAAACAUCCUUGAUAAAUUAAAAAAUGACGAGUUUUCUAACUAUUAUGAAUUACAAUCUGAAAUGUUUAAGAUUAGAGAUCAAUUUCAAAAGGAAGUUGGUAGAAAUCAAUAGGUUUCUUAGUUGUUUGAUGAAAUGAGCUUGCAAAUUUAUUAAUAGGCAGCAGAAAAACUGACCAGAAAGGCUUCUCAAUAAACUAAUUAGGAGAAUAAGUAGUUGGAAUACAAGGUUUAGAAUUUGGAAAAGGAAUUGAAGACCUUGCAAGAAGAAAAGCAUUAGUUAGAAUUACAAUCUAGUAGCAAAUUAGAACAAUUAUGUAAAGAGAAUGAAUUAUUAUCGAAAAGUGAAUUACAACUCAAAACAUAGUUUCAAUAAAUCUAAUAAUAAACAUAACAAGUUUAAUAAUAGAGUUAACAUCAAAUACAAUAACAUGAUAAAUAAUUGGCAUUAAUUAGUUAAGAAAAUGUGUAUCUUUAAAAGGAAAUAUCAACAUUGAAUGAUAAAUCAUCUUAGUUAGAAAAUGAGAACAAGAAACUCAGAUAAGAAUUGAUCACAUCAAAGGCAACAAAUGAAUAGUUAUAAUAAAAGUGUCACACUUUAGAUUAUGGAAGAGCUUAAGAGAUACAGAAGUUGCAAUUGGAAUUUGAAAAAAAAAUCCAAGAAUUAAAUAAUGAUAUAGAUUCAAAGAAAUAAACAGCUAGACAAUAAAGUGAAUGGAUGGUAGAAAAAUCUUAUUUGGAAAAUCAAGUGACAUUCUUGAAAAGUUAGUUAGAUGAAAACAAAAGAUUGCAUGAUGCUCUUUUGAUUGCUUUAUAAUGUAUGUUUUACUCUCUAAUUUCAAGCUUAAAACAAUCCCAGUAACGAUUAUUAAGAGUCCACUCUUGAACUUUUAGAGACAAACAGAAAUCUUUCAGCUGCUAUGGAUAAAAUGGAGAUGAGAUGCAAGCAAUUAGAAGAAAAAGUCACCAAACUUAAGAAAUUCAAAAAGAUCUUCAAAAAUAGUUCCAGUAUUGUUUGCCUACAUUGUAAUAGACAAUAUUAAAGUAAUGGAUUUAGUUAACAUUUAUCAACAUGUAUUGAUAAUACUCCUUGUAAUCCAAUAGUUCCAACUUAGUAAUAAUAAUCAUAGUAAUAGUAAUAAUAGUAAUCAUAAUAAUAAGCUUAAAGUCAUUAAUAAACACAUAAUCAAUCUCUCACUCAUCCUCUACCGCCUCCUAUUGAUUUAAGUUAAUUAUAAAUUUCAAUCAAUCAAACAAUGGUUAGAGAAACUCCUGAUAAUAAACCUUAUACUGAAUACAUGAUACGAGUUCAAUAUAACUUAAAGAAAUGGACUAUUUCAAGGAGAUAUAAAAACUUCUGUGAAUUGCAUUAAGCAAUCAUCCAAUAAUAUCCCAAUUUGAAAAUGCCAGAAUCUAGUUCAGCCAUCAUCAAUACAGCUGAUAUUGGCAGUGUCUUUAAUGCUAAACGACCCACAGUCAUUGAAGAUAGAAGAAGAGCUUUGCAAUCAUAUAUUAGAGAUUUGGCUAAACUAGAUCCUGUAAGAAAUUGCACAGCUUAUCGCAAAUUCUUAGAAUUGGACACAAUCGAUCAAGUUGAAUAACCAAGCAGAAGCAUGUCAUAAAGUACAACUUAUGCUUAAAAUUAGUGGGGUCACCUAAAAAUGAAGGGCUUUAGUCGUCUAGAGAUUAUGGAAGAGAUUCUCUAUCAGUUAUGCCUAAACCUUUCUGGAAGUAAUCCACCUAAUAAAUCGCCAUUGGUGCUUCUACUUCCAGGGAUUAGAAAUACGAAGAAGUUCCUGUGUAAAAUAAUUAUGCCAGAUAAAAGGAAAAUUAACCUACAUCUUCAGCAUCAAAUUUGAACACCAAAAUUGAUAGAAAAUUAUUGCCACAAUCACCUUAAUCAUUCCUCAAGGCCUUUUAGAAAUAAUAAGAAAGUAAAUUUAUUCAUUUAAUCACUAGCAGCCUUCAAGGUAUAUAGAAUGCAUCAUUAACAUUCCUUAUUAGAAAUAUCUGGAGAUAUAUAAUGA